UGUGUGCAGAUGAUCAUUCUUCAGACAGGGGGCGGGAGAGAGACUCUUGGAAAACUGCUCUUCCCCUCAACCAACACCACCACAGCGCUGCGUAAUCAGGCAGCUCCAGCAGGCUGAGGCGCACCGAGACACACAGAGCGUUUCUUAUUGAUAAGACUUCUUGGAAGAAGAGCACCACGAACUCCCGUGCUGACAUGCGACGUUUUUGAGCUGCACUUUUGGACACAUCACGGUUAAUAAAAAGACCCUCACUUUUGGAAAGAAAGACAUCAGUUGGAUAUAUUGUAUUUUUCUUAAAACGGGGCAUCUUUGGAAUAAUUGAUACUUUCCAAAGGACUGCUUUCUGGGCAAAGUUUGUGACUUGGAAAUGUUGUUUAAGUAAAUACGACUUCUGCGCAAGGUGGACAAAAAGAAAAAUACUGAGCACCACGUUGGAGAAAAAACACCUUAAUUAAAACUUGGAAGGUUCAUCAGAACUUUGGAGCUUCUUCUUUCAUCUUUGGAUAUUUUCUUCUGGAGAUACGACAGUGGUGUGGACCGACCGUUUACGCGCACGCGGUUCCGCAGGGCGAGCCGCUGUCCCUCCGCGCGCAGUGCUGAGGGGUCUCUCGCGCUUCCAUAAAUGCCCGUUCCGUCAAAGUGGCUCGAGGCUGGGCAGCAAGAUGAGCUUGUGGGUACAGCUGCUGCUCGCGCUGCUGGCGACGUGUCUGCGGUUUGGCGCAGCCGAGGGGGAGCCUCUGCCUGCAGCCCUGGUGGAGCUGGUUAGAAACAGCCCCAUCUCCUCCAUAGAGGACCUCCAGCUGCUGCUGCUCUCUGACUCCGUAGAUGAGGAAGACGGGAGUUCUGCAGCGAACGGAGGUCACAGACUACCAAGGAGCCUCGAUGCCCAGCCAGCUCAGCAGGCUCUGUGUAAAGUCCGGACAGAGGUGGUCGAGGUCACCAGGGCAAUGUUGGAUCGCAGCAACGCUAACUUCCUGUUAUGGCCGCCCUGCGUGGAGGUGCAGCGCUGCUCCGGCUGCUGCAACACCAAGAGCAUGCACUGCGUCCCCGUCCUCACGCACACCAGAUACCUGCAGGUCAUGAAGAUUGAGUAUGUCAACAAAAGGCCAACUUACGGUAAAGCCGUGGUGUCAGUGGUGGAUCACGUGGAGUGCCGGUGUCAGCAAGCUCCACGUCUCCCUCCGCCCAAGAAAAAGUCAAAUCGCAGGCAACACAACCACCAGCACCGAAACCAGACUCUCAGCCCAGGACACGGACAGGUCAAGGUGCACUCCAAGGUUGAAGUGCAUCAGUGGGAUGAGCUGAAGCAGAACCAGGGGGCCCACCUGGAGGACCUCCUGGAGCAGCACUGGAGCCCCAGAGGAGACACCUUCACCGAGCCUGGGGAUGGGUACAGCCUGGCUGGGGAGGAUGCAUCUCGCUCUGGAGAGGAUCUUCUUUUUGCUCCUCACUGGGCACAUAACUCCACCAGGCUGCAUGAACAAACAGAGUAUAUGGAGAGGAAGAACGGUGGGGUCUCAGAUGGCAAAAAGACAAUGGAUAACGUUGGCGUUGAGGAAAAGAAUGAGUUGCUCGAAGGUGGGGAGGGGUUGCUGCUCAACAGCACAGAAGGGAAAGUUAAUCAGGAAAAGGGGAAUCCAUUACGGCAAGAUGACCUACUCUCCAAAACCCAAACAGGCGCUUCCUCUCACGUUGCUACUCAGAAUCCCGAAGCCAAAUUCAGUCCCACUGAGGCACCUAACCAGAGAGCCGGGACCAGGUUCAGACCGACCAAAGAGCCCAAUCCGGAUCCUCGAGAACUGCCGAGACGGAGAGACAAUAACACUCCUGAGGAGGCGCAGAUAUUACAGAUGGAGGAGAAGAGACUGGAGCAGGAGAGAAAGGAGCUGCUGCUUCUCCACAAGAGGCUGGACCAAGAGAAGGAGAUACUGAGGCAGCAACAGAUGAAACGUGAAGAGGAGGAGGAGAGGCAGAAAGAAAAGGAUCUGCAACAUAACCUGCAUGAUAAACAUCAUCAUCAUCUGCAUACAACAACAGCAACAACAACAACAACAACAACAACAACAACAACAACACAGAAACCAGCGACAACAUCUACGACUACAACAAAGCAGCCAUCGGCUCCAACGGGCCCCAGACCCCCAGCCCGUCCAAGGAAAAGGCCUAGGAAGAAUCGCAGAAAAAUCAGCAAGGCAGCUAUGAGAGCAAUGCUAAUGUAGAGCUAAAAAACAAAAACCAGGGACACAAAGUGAACUUGGUGUAUUUCGUGGAUCGUGGAGGUGAAGCGCAGUGACUUCCUUCAUAUAAGUAUUUAUUCACUUGUCACUAACCUGCUCGUCCUGUGACACCUCCUCCGUAACACUACUAAUGACUGUCUGGUGAACCUGUAACGACACGUGUGUGGAGUCAGACGAGGGUGAGAAGAAAAAAGGAAUAUAAAAACGAGACGGCUAAAGACUUGGCGGCUAAAGCCUCUACGGUGACAGUCGCUGGUAGGAAGUAACAGACGGCCACCCUGAAGACUGAGAAACGUUGGAGGACUGAAACUGCAUCGCUGUAGAGCUGUGGACAAAAGUGCAAUUUCGAAACUCUUCUGAAAACCUUGUUUAGAUAUCAACUGAGAGAAGCUGCACUUAUAUGUCGGCAGAGUCGCUAUGGGGUUCAAAUGACAAAGUGUGUUGCUGAAAGACUUCAGGACAGACAACAAUGUGCAUUUGGUGGAAAAAAUUGACAUAUAAAUGGACUUUUGUGUCAGUGAGGAAUCUGUUGUAUUCGAUAAUAGAGACAAUCAUCAAUAGAUCGUAAAGACAAAUGACUAAAAUGAGCAGUAUUUCUUUUUUGAGAGACAGAGUAUUGGGAACAGAGAGCUGUGUAAAUGUACCGUACAGAAGCAUGAUAUCAUUUUUUAGCUCCCUCAAAAAGCGAUGGUCUCUGUCGUCUAACCAUAUUUAAUUAUGUUUAACACACUGGAAUUACACUGAAGUGAUUAGAGGACAAAAACAUCAAAUGUUGCUUUUCAAAAUCUCAUCCCAGGUGGAGAAAAAAAGGUGCUAUCUGAACACGAGGUGAUAGCGUUACACCUGAGACGCUGUGCUAUGUUUCUUAUUUAUUUAUCUCGGCCAUUACUGUGGAUUAACUUUUUUUUAUACUUUAAAUCCUGCUAAACGAGAUGAGAUGUGUUUCUAUGCUUUGUGAUGAGUAGGUGGUUCCUCCAGGAUCAUGCAGGGUUUAACUUGUGUUUGUUUUGUAUGCAUCUCGAAACAUCUGUCUGUUCCUCUCUUCGAUAAAUGUGACUCUCCCAAUGAAACAAUCACAUUCCUUUAAAACUCUGGAAAAAGGGCCCCCAAUGUAUUGGUUUCAAUAAUCUAAAUCACAAUAUUUUUGCCAUUUCAAUUACAGACAACUAAAAGAGUCCAUUCAAAGUUAAUGGAAAACAAAAAGCCAAACAGAUAUUAUUUGUGUCUCCUUUCCAGUAACAACCAGUAGAAACUCUGUGGUGAUGCCAAACAUCUUAAGUUAUUGAAAAACUUGUACAUUCUUCAUGCCAACUUACAACUGUUACUGAUUGUGUCUGAUUUAUUAUAAGAUAUGAUGAAAAAAAACGGAAUGUUUGUGAUAACUUUGCCACCUAAUGCUAUUUUCAUAUGGAUAUAAGAAGAUAAUGUGCUUAAAUCUA